AUGAAGCGUGUCAAGCGCAUUGGUAGAGAGUUCUAUGGUCGCCAGAGAAACGCACAGUCAUCACUUGAAGAACUAUCACUCAGUGAUUUUCCAAACUUGGAAGAGUGGUCAACUGGAAAUAAAGAAAAUGCAUUCCCUCAGUUAACGAAACUAAUUGUUAAAAGAUGUCCCAAGUUAGUACAUAUACCAUUGUCUCUGUCCCUUCGACAUCUGGAGCUGCGGGAUUGUAAUCUAACAUUGGUUUCCAUAGCAAAUUUAAGUUUGCUUUCUGUGCUUGUUAUAGAAAAAAUUCCAGAGCUAGUAUCUCUCCCCGAAGGGCUUUUUGCAUCAGCUCGUCUGUCUUCUCUGAAGAUCUUGUCUUGCCCCAAACUAGUUUCACUGCCUACAGAGAUAGGAAACCUUUCUGCUCUGAAAUCGUUGACCAUUGGUUGGUGUGAAGAGCUGUACACUCUGCCAAGUUUACAGAACAUGAAAGCUCUGGAGUCACUGGAGAUUAGUGACUGUCACAAUCUAAUAUCCAUGCCAGAUGGUGGAAUUGGUGGUUUGAGUUCCCUUCGAACUUUGUCCAUCGAAAACUGCAGUAAUCUUACAUCUCUUUCGUGUAGUUUCGAACAUCUCACGUUGCUUGAGCACUUGACCAUUAUGUACUGUCCCAGUCUUGGUUCCUUUCCAGAGGGUGUGCAACACCUCUCUUCACUUCGAAGUUUGACUAUUUUGAGCUGUCCUUGGUUUGAUUCUCUGCCUGAAGGGUUGCAAAAUGUCAGGACCUUGAACUGCAUGGAAAUUAGUAGCUGCCCAGAUCUAACAGCUUUGCCAGAAUGGUUUGAGGAUCUUGAUUCUCUUAGAUCUUUGACGAUAUCUGACUGUCCUAAUUUAGAACAAUUGCCACCAGGUCUCAAGCAUCUGACUAAACUCCAGCACCUCUCCAUUCAAGAAUGUCCAGAGCUUGAGGAAAGAUGUAGACAAGGAAGUGGUGAGGAUUGGUUUAAAAUAUCUCAUAUCCCGCAUAAGUACAUUGGAUCACCUCAGGUCAGUCAGUCCGGAGAAGCAAGCACAUCUGGCAGCUCUUCUGUGCAAACAUCUUCUCAUUAA